UGGAGAACCGGAAGUUUUCCUCGGCAGCCGCCGUGAUAUCAGUUACCAGUGUUGUGAUGUCAGCAGCACCCUGAAUUUGGUGCUAGGCUUUUAUUUUGUUUUUGUUUGUUUUUUCUUCCAAACUGCGAACAAUUAGCUUCGCCCGUAUUCGUGAAAAUAGCCCGACGCAGAAACGGAAGUGGGUGUUAGUUCGAUGUGUCCGUGGGAGCCAUGAGCAACAGCCAUCCUCUGCGGCCUCUGGUCUCCGUGUCGGAGAUCGACCACAUCCACCUGCUGUCCGAGCAGCUCGGGGCGCUGGUGGUCGGGGAGGAGUACAGCGAUGUCACCUUCAUCGUGGAGGGGAAGAGGUUCCCGGCGCACCGGGUCAUCCUGGCGGCUCGGUGCCACUACUUCAGAGCCUUGCUGUACGGUGGGAUGAAGGAGUCCCAACCUCAGGCCGAGGUUCGUUUGGAGGAGACUCGGGCCGAAGCUUUCUCCAUGCUCCUAAACUACCUGUACACGGGCCGGGCCAGCCUCAGCUGCGCGCGGGAAGAGGUGCUGCUGGACUUCCUGGGUUUGGCCCACCGCUACGGCCUCCAGCCUCUGGAGGACUCCACCUGCGAGUUCCUGCGCACCAUCCUGCACAUCAACAACGUCUGCCUGGUGUUUGACGUGGCCAGCCUCUACUCUCUGGCCACGCUCAGUGAGGCCUGCUGCGCUUACAUGGACAGGCAUGCUCCCGAGGUGUUGAACUCCGACGGCUUUCUCUCGCUCUCCAAGACGGCUCUGCUGACCGUGGUCCGGCGCGACUCGUUUGCCGCCACGGAGAAGGAGAUCUUCCAGGCUCUGUGUCGAUGGUGCCAGCAGCACGAGGACGGCGCCGACACGCAGGAAGUGAUGGCGGCGGUGCGCCUGCCGCUCAUGACCCUGACGGAGAUGCUGAACGUGGUGCGGCCGUCCGGCCUGGUGAGCCCCGACGACCUGCUGGACGCCAUCAAGACGCGCUCAGAGAGCCGCAACAUGGACCUGAACUACCGGGGGAUGCUCAUCCCAGAGGAGAACAUCGCCACCAUGAAACACGGAGCGCAGGUCGUGAAAGGAGAGCUGAAGUCGGCGCUGCUGGACGGAGACACGCAGAACUACGACCUGGACCACGGCUUCUCCAGGCACCCCAUCGAGGAGGACGGCCGGUCCGGGAUCCAGGUCAAGCUGGGCCAGCCGUCCAUCAUCAACCACAUGCGGCUGCUGCUGUGGGACAGAGACAGCCGGUCCUACUCCUACUACAUCGAGGUGUCCAUGGAUGAGCUGGACUGGGUGCGCGUUAUCGACCACUCCAAGUACCUCUGCAGGUCGUGGCAGAAUCUUUACUUCACUCCACAGGUUUGCAGAUAUGUUCGCAUCGUGGGAACACACAACACGGUCAACAAAGUGUUUCACCUGGUGGCUUUUGAGUGCAUGUUCACCAACCGUCCUUUCACGCUGGAGAACGGACUCGUGGUCCCCGGCGAGAACGUGGCCACCAUCGCGGGCUGCGCCAGCGUCAUAGAGGGAGUGAGCCGAAGCAGGAACGCCUUGCUCAACGGCGACACUCGUAACUACGACUGGGACUCGGGGUACACCUGUCACCAGCUGGGCUCGGGAGCCAUCGUCAUCCAGCUCGCUCAGCCCUACUCCAUCGGCUCCUUAAGGCUGCUCCUCUGGGACUGUGACGAGCGCUCCUACAGUUAUUACAUCGAAGUUUCCACCAAUCAGCAGCAGUGGACGAAAGUGGUCGACCGCACCAGGGUGGCAUGUCGGUCAUGGCAGACUUUGAAGUUUGACCAUCAGCCGGCUUCCUUCGUCCGCAUCGUCGGGACCCACAACACUGCUAACGAGGUUUUCCACUGUGUCCACUUCGAGUGUCCCGCCCAGCUGGACACGGAGGUGGCUGAAGGCAGCCCGGGCGUGGACUCGUCUGACUCCGGCACCGCCAGCCCGCAGCAGCGACCACAGCGACCUUCACGGGCGCACAGCCUGCUGCCCACCCAGCCUUCCUCCCCAUCUGCCUCCUCUUCCUCACAGUCCUACCAUUAAACGCUCUCUGAGACCUCCAAAUGCCAUUUUUGCACAGCUUCCACCAUCCAGACUGCACUGCUGCGAUGCUGCUAAGGUCGAUUGUCCCGCCGUUGCCGUCGGUCGUCCCUCCGUAGAGACCUGUGUAUCUGUGGCAGCGUAGCUUAUUUAUAUCUCCCGUCUUCCCAGUUUUUCGACUGAAGUAUGUUUUAAAUGUACCGUCGUGUACAUUAUUUGAUGAAGAUACUUUUUAGCCACUCGGUCGGGUUUUAUCCUUUCAGAACCUUGAAGUCCAAUAAUUUUUUUUCUUUUCCUCUUUGAUGAGGCACACACUGCGAUUAUACUGUACUACUAAAAAAAAAAAAAAAAGCCAGUCAGACCAGGUAGGGGAGGAUAAAGCUAUGUGAAUUUGAUGAAUUCAUAUGAAAACCUUUGAAGAACAAAGAGGAUUUGAUCCUUAUUAAGCUAUUUUUUAAGAUUUUGUCUUAAAAAGAAAACAGAACCAACUGACUUUUCAUACCAUAAACAUAACAGAGUUGCAGUCGUAUAUUUUUGAAAGCUUGAAAGCUCCUUCUUAAAUCAAGCCGAGCAGGAAGGUAAACGUAUCCUGUAGCUUUUAGGGUGCAGAUGAAGCUCCAACUCAAUCCUGGUAUGCAGUCGCAUAUUAAGUAAUAACUGAGUGUUUGAAUAUCAGGCUUUCAUACCCCGACGAUGAGGCGUAGACUCAUAUCUGGUGCCAAGUUUUGAUAAGAAUUCACACCAUAGAGAAAUAUUUUAAGCAUUUACACUGCUUAGUAGAAAUAAUCGGGGGAAGUGUGAAGAAAACCAUCAGGGCUCAGAAGCUGGGACCAAAUUCAUGAAUGCACUAGGGCUGCCUGAUCUGAACUUUCUACAUGUUAGACACAUGAGCAGCUGCUGCUGGCACUUUAUUUUAGAGAACAGAAAUAAAGUUUGCAGAUUGGAUUUUCUGACUUUGUUGCAGCUCUAGAAUGCUGAUUGGGUGUAUUUCUAGUUGUAUGUACAAUUAAUUUAAACCUUUGUGGCUUCUAGAGGAUGUAGGAAGAUUUAUUCUGUUUGAGUUUUUUUUAUUUUUGUUUUAUUUAAAUAAGCUGUUUGGUCUGUUUUUUUGUUUCUUGUGUGCAUUUAGAGUUUGCCCUUUUUGAAUUCAAUGAAAACCUCAUUAGAACAUUUGUUCAGUGUUACAUAAGGUUAAAUAGGGUAAUUAGCUCAAUGUUUUGUUUUUUUUUUCUUUUGGGAUGCCAACUGCAGUGUAGAUUAUGGAUUAGUUGGUUAAAGUCUUCCUCGGUAACUAAACAGAAUAGGGCUUCGCUGAUGUUAUCUUGUAGAGAUGAUACCCAAUGACUUUAUGAAUACUCUUAGUUUUGCUCUGUAAACGUGUCGCUUUUGAUCAGUGAUGCCGAUUGUGUUUCUGCACUCAUUGUUCUACGAGCUGCUCCUCGGCAGUGUUAUUUUUGAAGAAAUGACCUGUUUUUUUUUUUGGUUUUUUUUGUGAAGGGUCUCUGAUCUGCUUGUGUGAAACGCUGCUGUUGGCCUCGGGUGAAGCCCUUCGUACAAGCCGCUCAGUGACCUCCGUCUCCCGUCGAGUCCUCAAAGCUUCUGUUCCCCAACAAACUGCUGAUUGAUUAGUUCCUGUGUGUUCAUCAUGCUUUAGGCACUAAUGCUCUGUUAGCUCAUUGGACAACGUUGAUGCUACCUACUGAGAGGUUGUUGUUGUCAUUAAACUUUUAUCCUUCAUUUUGAAACUU